GUCAUGCUGGAGAUCCCUGCCUACCUGGGGUCUUCCAGGGGGUGUGGAUUGGUGUUAAACACUGUUUUCUAUACUAAGUAGCACAUCAGACCCAGUUCUGAGAAGAACACUGCACCCUAUGGAGGAGCUGGAGAAUGGAGAGGUGUCUGGUGCAGACAGUCUUGCCCUGGCACCUGCCACCAUGCCAGCAGCCGACUUAUUGCCAGGACGUCACUGUCACCAUAGAGACAGCAGUGAGGAUUUGGUUUCAAAAGGUGAAGAGGAGCUGGGAAUUAGAAAGGCAGGAGAGGGGCUGCAGCAGCAGAAGUCACCAUCCCAGCUGAUUUCUAGGCUGAUGCUCUGCAAUUCUGUGUGUUUAAACCCAAGAGAGCAGACAGAAAUUCUGAGGGUUUCCCUCUAUUUCAUUCCAGGAGGAAGUACUUUUAGCUGCAGAUCUAAGAAAGGACAGGCUGGCAUGGAGAAAGAGAAGUUCCAGCAGAAGGCUCUGAAGCAAACUAAGCAGAAGAAAUCCAAGUCGGCUGAAUUUCUGAUGGUAAAAGAAGAGAGAGCAGCAACAGAAGGCAUUGAAAAUCCAGCUUUUAACAUCAGCAGCACAGAUCUUUCAGCAUAUCAGACUUCAGAGGAGGAAGUUAUUAGACAUGACAAGCUGCAUAGCACCCUUGCAGCUCACCAACAAAAACUCAGGCUGCAAGCCCAUGCUGAACCAAGAGGAAAUGAGUACAGCAGAAAUUACUUUGACCUGCUGAUGGAUGAGGAAAUAAACCCAAGGCAGUGUGGGAUGGAGGUCAGUGAAGAAGAUCCUGUGAAAUUUCAGGAGCAAAUCCUGUAUGGUAAACUGAUGAAGCUUUUAGAUGAAGCAAGCAAGAUAAUAGACUCCCAAGUCCCUGUCACCGGUGAAGAUUUUUCAGACUCCGUGAUGCCUGUCAGCUUCAGUAAGACGCGUGACCUUCACAGGGAGCUUGGAGAUGAAGCGAUUCCUUCAUAUAUCGAACAGUUCGAGAGAGAGGUUCAGAAUGACAUAAUUAUGUUUGGCAGCUUUUCACUGGAACAGGACUCAAAGCACCACAAAGAAGCCUCCCACCAUAACAAAAAAAAAUUGCAAUCCAGGAUUCAUGAGCUCCUUCAAAGACAGGGAAGCCAGCCGUUGGCAGCAGAGGUGAAUGGAUGUGGAGAAGUUCCAGGCAGCUCUGGUAACCUUGCAGGCAUGAGUACUGGAUUAAAAGGAGCAGCAGAACUUUGUGCGAAGGUUGACUGCUCCAAGAUACCGCAGCCGAUAGAAGUUCACAUCAAAUGCCUGAGGGGAGUCAAAGAUAAGGUCCCCAAAGGCCAUUAUACCCUGAAACUUUCUGUUCUCAGGUGCCUUGGUGGUGGCUUGCUCCAGUGGCCCAAACAGGAGGAGCCUUGGGCCAGAGCCACUUCACCUGUUAGUCAUGAUGGAAACUUCUACAAUGCUGAAAUGUACUUUGGACAAAGUAUCCAGGCGGUUCUACCACCUAGAAAGGCUGUGAAGCCAGGCAUGGUGGUACUCUUCGAACUCUUCCUUCUUCGUGGAGCCUGUACAUGGAUUGACCGAGAAGUGGGAUGGGGAGUUUUUCCCUUAUGUGACAACAAUUUUAAUACUCUGGAGGGAAAGUUUAAGUGUCCUUUCCUCAGAGGUCAUUACAAUUCUAAAGUUGACCGAUUCAAAAAAAUAGAAAAUUUAAUUUCUCAAGAUUUGGACCAUUGGUUGUGCAAUCUCUACUUUCAGAUAAGUAAACUGCCACCAGAUUCAGAUAAGCAAAAUGAGUGUGAUAUGCAUCUUCAUCUCCCACCAGAAUUUCUCAUGUAUUCAAGCAUUGCUGAAAAGAAUGGUGCUUCAGAGAAGGUUAAACAUCGUGGACCACAAGGGCAACCUCUGACCUCCACAAAAGAUCCUGACACCCAUAAGGGAAGUAUUCCCACUGUUGUAAAGGAAGUGGAAAAGCAGUUUAAUGCUGCAAAAGGAGGAGAAGCGUGUGUGCCAGAAGAAGCUGGGAGGAAAAGAGAAGAGCUUAAAAUGCUUCCAGCAGAGAGUGAUUUUUACCAAGGUUGCUGUGGCUAUACAGAUGAGCACUGUGGCUUGUUUCAGCUGAAGAAUGACCAAGGAGUGCGCCACAAGUCCAACUGGAAUAACCCACCUGAAGAAUGCUAUCAAGAAAAAUCAAGUGCUGUGAAUGACACAAACCCAGAAGAAGGUAAAGCAUCUUCAGAGAGCAAUUUUUACUUGGAGGAGUUAGAGAAAUAUACUUUUUCUGUAUGCCGCUGCUCUGCUGUCAAGGUGAAGCUAUUCAGAAGGGUUGCUGAGCAUUUCCAUUUUGGGGUAUAUGCAACCUUUUCAGAACUGGGAGCAGCACACUGGCGUUCCUGGGACUUCUGGCUGCUUGUACUGCUGGUCUUGUUGCUUUGGUUCCUGAGACUCUACCUGCAUUACUGUAGCCAGUGGCUCUUCCUUCAGAGCAUCUCAGUUCCUGUUACAAAAUUCAAGUUUUUCCCUCACACUGUUGAACUGUGCUACCAGAACUCCUUGCUGCAGACCAGUGAAGAGUUGGUCAUGGUCGUGGUGGGACCCCUAACAUUGAAUGCUGGGUUGCUGCUUAUGGUCCUCAUCAGAUGGGUCUGUCAGCAGAGAUUUGACUCAUUCCCUUCCUUCUUGUCAAAGUUUAUCAUAGCUCUGGGACUCUGGACAGUGCUGGACCCGUUGGCAGUGUUUAUAGUGGAUUCAUUCCUGGGGCGGCUUGCGUACAGUGCAGAGAAACCCAUUGCUGAUGCUGCAAAGCUCUACUGGGUGUUUCUGAGAUCAGAAGAAUCAGGGGUUCCUGGUGCAAUAAUCACUGUGAUGCUUUACACAGUCCUGUUCAUCAUCUCAUCAACGGUGUUGUACCUUUACUUUCUAAGGCUACAUAGCGAGGGGUGGCUGUUGGAUGUAUUUCGACGCAUUCAUGGUGAAGAAGGUACAUUCUUUGUUCCGUUGGACUUAGAGAUUUCCAUUCAGGAGCUGAGCUACAUUAUGAAAAGAGCUGAGCAGUGGAGAGGAGUCAACGGUGAAAGACGGAUGGUGGCAGUGUACGAUUACAUCUGGAAGGACCAUGGCAGCCACUCUGGUGUCUCCAGCUGUGACCUCCAGCCCCAGGAUGCGAUCUGUGACUCAAGAGGUACCACCGUUUACGUGUCGGUGUUCACUGUGCAUCUCAGCGGCUUCCAGCAGCUCUACAGACACUUCCUCCGGCUGCCUGAUGGGGCUAUCGUUGAGGCAUUUGGUGAUAUUCCUGGAGUAAGUCUUUUGGGUAAUGAAGUGAGCAUAGCCCAGGAGCACGUAAGCAAAACGGACAGUGUGCUGCAUACAUCUUCACGCAUCGAGCUGAGGGAGAGGAAAAAGAGUACAGCUAAAGGAAAUCCCAUUACUUCUGACAAGAGAUAAUUCCUGGAAGACUGUAUAGUCCCCUGAGUUGUUUACGACAUCAUUCACAUCCAUGGUACAAUUACUGUCUGACAGGAUUUACAGUUCUGAUGUCCAUACCUCUCUGCAUACAGCAUUAUCCUGCAAAUGCAUGGUUCGUUGCCCUUCUACGGCUUCAACAAACAUUUCAGUGUGAGGAGCUCACUGAAGCAGAUCACGGAUCUGAUAUUUAAUUAUUUCAUGUGAGUUUUUUUCCUUCCAAACAGUGGGAUUUCUCCGGUUUUCUUGUACCUGCCUGCCCUUCUAGACUGGGGGAAAAUACUGCUGAUUUAUCAUUCAUUUCAUGAAUCAAAUGGCCAGUGUUUUCAGUAAUCGUUCAAAGCACAACAAGUAAUUGCAAGGAUGCGAAGAUGCCCAGAAAGGGAACAAUGAUGGCUUCAUGCCACGAAAAACCACCAGUUCUGAAGCCAAGUCCCAACAGGCUGCAAAAUUUACAUGAUCCCAGAGGAGAUCAGCUUGUUACGGUCUUAAUGUUGGACAAACCUCCUUCUCUGGAAGCUACAGCAUCUGUAAACAAUCUGGAGAUUAUCCUUAUGCUUUCUCACUAGUACUAAAGUAUUUCUCAUUAGUUUUAACCAGUUAGUGCCUUGUCUAUUUGGCUUCAUACAAAUGCAUAAGAACUGAAGUCCAUGCCCCAAAGGCAAGGAUGUGUAAGACAGCAGAAGGAGAAGGUGGGAAGGCAAACAGAAGUAAGAAAUCCUUCUUCCAAGGUCAUGAAAGUCAGCAGCAAAUGCAGAAAUAGAGGGCAGGCUGCCAGUGCCCUGACUCUUGGUCUUCUCUGAGCUAGAAUCCUUUUUUUUUUUCCUGGCAAUGCAGACAGAAAAGGGAAGUCUCAACUUCCUGCAGUUUAGAAUCAUUCACAUACAACACUUAUGCAAUUAACAGAAUAUCAGCAACAUUUUCUAAAAUGUAUGCUUUUCUGACGUGCCUUUUUCAGACUGGUCAGUUAAAACUUUUUACAGAUGCAAUUGCCUCUAUGAGAUCUUUCCUGAUGCACUGAACACUGUCGAUCAGUUCUGAUAUGUAAACCUAUGAUUUAUGUCCCCCCAAAUUAUCAUUAAUUUACACUACACUGCAACCUGGAAAUUUAACGUUAAUCCUGAAAGCAGUUUAACUUUGGGUUUGAAAUAUAAUGAUGUAGUUUCCAUUUUUUCCUUCUUCUAAUUGAUUUGUGUGCAGAUGUGUGUGUUUGUACAUGUAGCAUCAGGACAGGAAUGGUGUUAAAAAUCUUCUGAAUAUCUAUAAGCAGUGAUGUAAUUUUGGUGAUUUAUCUUGCAUCAGAUAUCACUUGGAUAGCUACUCUCUGUCAUUGCAGGAAUAAAAUUGUCUUCUUAAUUUUUGCUUUGCCUUUUGACAUCUGAAACCGUCAUAUAUAAUUUAGAAAAAGAAGCUAACUGAAGAGAAGCUGUCCAAUCCCAGAAUUUUUCUGUGGAAUCUUUCUACCUGAGUGGAGUUACACUAUUCACCAAUUGCCCCAGCAUCUGAUGAGUGACACAAACAAUCUGGCAGAGGUCAUUAGGAUUGCUUGUGUACAUGGAUGUUUUCUGCUAUGAGUUGACCUCCUUCUUUAUGACCUCCUGCUGCUUAUGCAGAACGGUACCAAGAAGAUAAACUACUGUAGGCAGCUCUGUACUUUGCCCCUCUUCUUGGCCUUAGUUUUGUAUUUGAAUGAGACUGAAUGCAAUAAUAAAAAAUCCCUUUGGGCAUUAGUAUAUACUAGGUUGGCCACACUGAAUUAAGAUAUUAAGAUAUUGCAGUUUGGAUCUGUAAGAUUUUUACUUUGUUAUAGGUAUUAUGCCAGUAUACCUAGACAGUAGGAGUCAAAUGGCUGGGGCCAGGCUCCUCUUGUUGGUGCCCAGUGACAGAACAAAGGGCACUGGCACAAAGGAUGUUCCACAUGAACAUGAGAAAUAAUUUCUUUACUGAGAGGGUGACAGAGCACUGGAUCAGGCUCUGCAGCUACAACCUCAUGUAGGGAACCUGAAUUAGCUGGGGGUUAGACUGGAUGGUCUCUCUUCCAGCCCCUACAGUUCUGCGAUUCUUGACUCUGUGAUUUAGUCUGGUAGAAAGACUAACACUACCUGUGGAGGCAGAUAACCACACCUUCAGUUCCAAUAGCACUGUUUAUUUUUUUAACAAAUGUGGAUCUGGAUCCAAGUCUCUAUUCAGCUUGAAGGACUUGGUCCAUCGUUUUUAUCACCUCAGCUAUGCUGCCAUGUUUCCACUGAAUUUCAUCUGAUCUGGAAUGUAUAAUUCUGCAGCAGUACCUACGCUUGAAAGAUAAAUUUAAAGCAGGCUUAAAUAUUACAUACUCUUUUUUUUUUUUUCUCUGAAAAUGUAGCAUCCCACCUAUUAAUUUUGAUUACUCACGUUCAGUGUGUUCCCAUGGCUGUUGGUCACUAUAUAUUUGGUGGUAUUUGGCUUUGAAAUUGUUUUCUAAAGUGCUCUUACCAGCAGCAUCAUCCAUAAUGCUCAUUUAUAGUUGGAUAGUAAUUACCUGCCUAUGCAGUGUUCCUUUACAACAAUUUUCUCCCGUGUAGCUAUAUAUAUGUAGUCAUUACUGAAAAGUGUAAAUAAAGAAUCCUUUUAGUGGUGUAGUUUCCCUAGGUACCUACUGUGCUCUUAUUAUCUAAAACAUACUCCCCAUCUGUAGUUCUGUUCUAUUAAAGGAUAAAGACAUAAGUAUGAAUUAAAAAUUAAAAUGCUUGUUGUAGAUUGGAGAGCAAGGUCUAUUAGAAUAUAUCUGGCGCUAGGCUCACAGUGCAAUAGAUAGAUUACACUAAGCACCAGUUAAGCAAGGGGAUGAAAAAUGAGUGAUUUUCAUCAUUCAGUUAAAUAUAGUGCUAAGUGGUAUGUGCUAGCAUUAAAAGCAAAUUACUUAGCACUUCACCAAUCACAGCAUGAGAGCAUUCCAUUGGAAGCAGUAUUUCCAGUGAUGCUCAGUCCUCAGUUUUAUUAAAUAAAUCAGCUGUUAAUGCUUAAGGAAGCAGUCGAAGAUGUAUUGCUAUGAUAAUGAAAAGAUUGGAAAUGUAAAAAUAAAGAGAAACAGUACCUCAUUUUAAUUAAAUGUCCUAUGGAAACCUGCUUCUCUCUUAACAACAAAAGCCCAAAGUGCUUGUAGACAUGUAAUAUUUACAUCUCCUCUACCUUGCUCAGGUCUUUCUUUCUUACUAAUGAAUAUGACCUUUCCUUUUUCUUUUUUUUUCUCCAUAAUGACAUCUUUUUUUCUCAUAAAUCUGCCACCAUGUCACCGAACACUUUGAUGAGCUUUUCUGAUCCCCUCUUAUAUCUCCUUGAUAGGAUAUUAUUAACCAGGAAUCUAGAGAUGAGGAGCCUGAUCUUCAGCACAGGUACUUUAUGGCCGCUCAGUUAAAGAAAGACGACAGAGAUCUGAGAAUUACUCUGUCAGAGGUGUUGGCACGGAGGGCGACCUUUAUAUCACACAGCAUUAUUAUUUCCUCUACAGCUACGGGCAUUAGGAGAUAUUCGGUAGCUGUGGGGAAUCGGCUCUUGCAAAGCAUCUGCUGCCAGAACGUGCAGAAGCUGUGAACAAUCACAGACGUUUCUAAGUUCCAGACCAUCCCUAAUCCCCAAACUGCUUCCAAGCUGAUGGACUCACCUGGUAGGAGACACACCACAAAGGUCCUGGGGACAACACAAGCAGGAGCUGAGCUUGUGGGUGGGUCUGACCCACAGUUCUUCAAAAGUCACAUUUAAAAGGACAGUUUCGUCAAGGAAAGAAGGAUAAUGAAGGAAAUGGGACGAUCAGCUUAAAUUUUUUUUUUUUUUACUUUUUUAUUCUUUGGAGAGAGAGCCAUAGCCAAGGGAUAAGCUAGAUACAGUUUACCUAUUUUUAAUAUAAAAGUUAGCUGGAGAUGUGCUGAGUUUUCAUCAUGCCCUACAUUUCUGGAGUUCUAAGGUCUAGCCAAAAGUAUCUUUUCCAUUUGUGCAUAACUUAAUAAAAAUCAAUGAAGCCCUAUACAGCAGAAUUUUUUCCACUAGCAGUGUAGGAGAAAGAUAUUGGGCCUGGAAGAAAUAUUUUGCAUAUUUCAAAAUGUUUCCAUGUGAACAAGAUCAAUAUUUUACAACAUAUGUUCUAAAGUAAGGCACUUAAAGAAUACUUCCUUCCGUUGGUGCAACAGAUUUUCAUACUCAUUCAUCUGUUUUCUUUUACUUAGAUACGCACUCAGAAGUUUGUUUUCCUUGUUUUACAAGAUAUUUAUUCAAAGUACCUUUUAAUGCUCAAACCUUAAAACAACAUAAAUUCUUCUUGGUACCAAUAUAACCUUUCCUUCUAAAAAUAUUUAAGUGUAUAACAUUUAACCUGGGUUUCAAAAUACAGAAUUCCUCUUUUCAUUUUCUUGGCUGACAUGUACAAGUACCAAUGCAUCUUUUCUAGGUAUGCCAAUCCUGUCAUAUAUCCUCAUAUGAAAUAAUGACACAAGGUUGACUUAACUAAACAUAAUAGGGCGUAUUUCUAUGACAUUCUGUAUGGAAGAUACAUGCACGGAUCUUGCUACUUGUUAAUGAAAUUGGUGAAGUUCCUCAUCUGUACCAAGGCAUACAUUUAUAAUAGCUUUGUACUCCAAAAGUGCAGAGGCCUUAUCAAUAAAAUAAUAAAAGUAAAAAUGCUAAUAAUUAAAAAAACCUCUAAAGAGCAUUGUUUCAUAUUUAUUUUGGAAUUCUGCCAUGCGAUGGAAAAAAUAAUAACAUUGAAUUUGGAGCAAUAAACAGUUAUCUUUGCGUCUAAAGCCAGUGUGUGAAAGUGCAUGCUUGUGUAUAGAAAGAAAGUGGGACAG